AUGCGCAUUGAACCUCAAAAGUUUUAUAUUCUUCAGUCACCACUUCUAAUGGAUCUGCGUCUAAACUAUUGUCGACAUGAGUAUCAUCAAGAAUGGGUACCAAUGCCUAUUUUGGAUCAUUACUGUGAUAACCUCACAACUAAGAGACAUGGAAAACGAGGUGGAUGCGUGACGAACUUGGAAACAAGAGUUUGUAGGCCAAGGAACCUAUACAAUGCAAAACUGGAAACGGUCCAAAGUACCGUUUUGAUAGUUUCUGCAAUUUUCGUCGGUGGAACGAUGUCUGACGAUAUGGUUGCAGUUGAAUUCAUACGAAGUCACCAACAUCGAAGGGACGAAUCUAGUGAAGGAAUGCUCGCAUGA